AUGAUUCCAAGGAUUGAAGAUUAUGAUAUAAGUUUUAAUAAUGGUUUCUUACCAGAUGAAUUUCCUUUAACAAAAUUACCUCAAGAUUAUUAUAAACCAUGGGAAAUAAUAGUUGAAAAUUUACCAUCAUUAAUAUUAAUAAAAGGUAUUAGAAAAUUAGUUGAUAAAUUACCAUUAUUAAGUAUAGAACACCUAAACAAUGAAAGAGAAUAUAGAAGAGCUUAUCAAAUUUUAGGAUUUAUUGGUCAUGCAUAUAUAUGGGGUACUGAUCAACCAAUUGAAAAAUUACCUAUUCAAAUUAGUGAACCUUGGAUUAAAAUAUCUAAUAUUUUGGGUUUACCACCUAUUGGAACUUAUGCUUCAUUAUGUCUUUGGAACUAUAAAGAAAUCAUACCAACUACAACUAAAAAAUUUGAUUUGGAGAAUUUAACAACUAUAAAUACAUUUACUGGAUCAAUAGAUGAAAGUUGGUUUUAUUUGGUUAGUGUUUAUUUUGAAAAACAAGGUUCAUUAUCAAUAAAUACAGGAUUAUCAGCUUUAAGAUGUGCAGAAAAUGGAGAUACCAAGAACUUAAUUAAAAAUUUACAAAAAUUUGCAGAAUCAAUUGAUCUUUUAGGUAGUUUAUUAAUGAGAAUGGAAGAAAUGUGUGAUCCUCAUAUUUUUUAUUUCCGUAUACGACCCUAUUUAGCUGGUUGGAAAAAUAUGUCAAGUAUUGGUUUGGAAAAAGGAGUAUAUUAUGGUGAUGAAACUACUCCUAAAACUUAUGCUGGUGGAUCAAAUGCACAAUCUUCAUUAAUUCAAUUUUUUGAUAUAAUAUUGGGUAUAAAACAUUCAGCAACUGGAGAUUUAUCACAAGAUAAUUCAUUUAUGAAAGAAAUGAGAGAAUAUAUGCCUGAAAAACAUCGUCAAUUUUUAAAUGAUUUAGAUCCUUUUAGUUAUACUAUAGCAAAUUAUGUUAAAAAAUCAAAAAAUCAAGAAUUAACAUUAUCUUUUGAUGCAUGUUUAGCAAUGUUAAGAUCUUUUAGAGAUAAACAUAUACAAAUUGUUACUAGAUAUAUAAUUUUACAAGCUAAAAAAAUUAAUAAUAUGGGAUCAACAACAACUUUAAGAUCUGGAUUAGCAAGAAGGAAAAAAAAUGGAGAAGAAAGAGGUACUGGUGGUACUUCAUUAUUACCAUUUUUAAAACAAUUAAGAGAUGAAACUGGUAAUUCAUAUGCUUCACAAUGGGGUAAAAGAAUUUUAAAUAAUGAUUUUCAAUGA